AGAGGGGACACUGUGGUUUCAGGCCGGACAUCUGUCGCUUGAGAUGUUUCUUUCUCUCUGAGCUGGGGUCCGCAUUUAUUGAAUGGAGCCAGUGACCUGUCAGUCUUGACUGAUGGGACCUCUUGUGUGGGAAAAUCGCACAGCCAAAGCGCUUGACCAUUCACAUGCUAAUUGUGCCCUAUAAAUACGGGGACCGUGCCGCGCCGUGAGCCCUAGAGACGCACGCAAACCACAGAAGUUUCACUUUUUACGCACGAGCCUCAGAGGGAAGAUAUGACUGCCUCAUCCGUGGGACACAACGUGGGAAAACACCCCAAUGCCAAAGAGGAUAGAAAGCUUCGGAAACCACUCAUUGAAAGAAAGAGGCGCGAGAGGAUAAAUAACUGUUUGGAUCAGCUCAAAGAGACGGUGAUUGGAGCGUUCAGACUCGAUCAGUCUAAACUGGAAAAGGCGGAUAUUCUCGAGAUGACUGUGAAACACCUGCAAAACAUACAGAAGAGCAAACUCAGUGAUCCCCUGGUAGGCCUGGAGGCACAGCAGAGGUACAGCACUGGGUACAUCCAGUGCAUGCAUGAGGUCCAUAACAUGCUCCUCACCUGCGACUGGAUGGACAAAAAUCUCGGGUCCAGACUUCUCAACCAUCUCCUCAAAUCCCUGCCCAGAUCUGGAGAUGAACCACUGCCCCCUGCUGGUGCCAGUCUCCCUCCUCCAAUCAGCAGCCCAAGUCGUGCCCAAAUACUGCCAGGUUCACCAUCCAGAGCAGACCACCCCAGCCCUCCAACAAGUGCCCAGGUUCAGAGCCCUCAUAUUGGGGGCGUGCUGGAGAUGUGGCGGCCCUGGUGAACGCGCGGUGGAUAAUUUAAUGAUAUCUGUUUUGUUAGACUAUCCUCUCAUAUGUAUCUUAUAGAUAUGUUGUUCCUAUGAAACUCUUGGUGCGGUUUGUGCUCCAUUGAUGGUUAGAAAUAGACUGUUUUUACAUGAUGUACAGAGCUGAAUGAAAUACUUUUCCAACAACUUUCAGAAUAUUAUAAACUCUGGCCUAUAUUAUUGGCUUUUUGCUAGAUUCAAAAUAUAUGAAGGUGCACAGUGUAACUUUUCUAGAAGAUUAUCUCAGUAUGGCAUUGAACUUAUCUAUCUCCAUGGAAACAAGCAGGUCAAGAUCUGUGGAAAGGCGAGCCCAACCACAGUUAGAAUGCACGUUUUUUAGGGUCUCUUGAACAAUGAAAACACCUGUAAUUUCAUACUAUAGAACAUUUCAGGCAAAACAACAUCUCCAUGGAGACAAGCAGAUAAGACCAUGCCAUCUCAAAAGUCACAUAGUGCACCUUUAAUAUUGAUAGUUAAGUAAUUCAAAUAACUGAUAUUAAAAAUGUGCAUUGUCCUGAUUUCCUCCAUGGCAUCAUGUAAAAACAGACUAUUUCUGGUGUUGUAAAGACGUGAGACCUCCUCGCUGUACUUCCCUCAGAAGUCGACUCCAUUGUAGCCUGCUUUAUAGAAGGCUUUUAUUAAUCUUUCAUCUAUUUAU